GACCCCCUUCCUUUAUGGCCAACCGUUAUCUUUGAAGUUUUGAAUUUCAGUUAGUUUCACCCUCGGAAAGUUCUCCAACAUUGCUUUUUUAAUUUUUCCUCACAACCCUUUGGCUGCGUUCUUCAGUGAACCAUUUUGAGUCUCAACAGGACAAGACAAGAACAUUCAAAUUAAUCUGCUUUUUCUUUUGAUCACCCUUUUUCCCUCUUUUGUACCUUUAGUUUGAUUUCAAUGGAAAUUGUAUACCUUAAGCUAAGUUGUAUGUGAUGCUUUUACAUCCUAUAUAGUACGUGCAGGUGUUGAAGAAGCUAAUCUCAUAGUGUGGCUUCACCUUUAUGUGUAGGUGUUGAAGAAGUUCAUCACGUAUUUUUGAACAAAGAUGGAUAAAGCAUCAAACUUCGAUGAAAAUUCUGAGGUGGGUUAUCACCCUUCACCUUCCAAUACUACUGUUUUUUCCCCUAUGAGUCGAGAUUCGUUUGCAUAUUGUCAAACUUGGACAAGUUCAGAGUCUGAGAUUGUAGAUGACAGUAGUUAUGCCAGUGAACCUUCACCUUCUCGGUGGAAGACUAAGAAAGAUGUUCUUUCAAUGAAGCUGCGAAAGCAUUCAAUUGAUGAUAAACUUGGUGACACUGAUCUCUUAGAUUCAGCCGAGCUUGAACUGAUGAAGGAAAGAUUCGCAAAGCUUUUGCUGGGAGAAGACAUGUCUGGUAGUGGGAAAGGUGUUUGCACUGCAGUUACAAUCUCAAACGCCAUUACAAAUCUCUAUGCAACUGUAUUCGGACAAAGUUUGAAGUUGGAACCAUUAAAGCCAGAGAAGAAGGCUAUGUGGAAAAGGGAAAUGAAGGUUCUCUUAUCAGUGUGUGAGUACAUACAAGAAUUUGCUCCAACUGCACAAUAUUUAGAAGAUGGCACAAUUGUUGAGAUGAUGAAAAGCAGGCCAAGGUCAGACAUCUACAUCAACCUCCCUGCACUGCAGAAGCUUGAUGCAAUGCUCAUAGAAAUAUUAGACAGUUUCCAGGACAGUGAAUUUUGGUAUGCAGAGAACAUACCAGGGAAUUCAAAUCGAUCACGUGGGGCAUCAAAUCGAAGAACUGUUCCAAGGAAAGAUGAGAAAUGGUGGUUGCCAGUUCCUUGUGUUCUUCCUGGUGGCCUCUCUGACACGUCAAAAAAACAUCUGAUAGAGAAAAGGGAUUGUGCUAAUCAAAUCCAUAAAGCUGCCAUGGCAAUAAACAGCAAUGUUCUUGCAGAAAUAGAUAUCCCGGAAAAUUAUAUAGAUAAUCUUCCCAAGCUGAAAUUCUAUUGCCAAGUGAUUGAGGAUUCAAUUAAAUGUGACCCCAUAAAGCAAAUGUCUUGGAAUUUAUCGUCAAAUUUCAUAAGCCUUUUAUGGAAGCCAAUAAUAGCAGCCGAGACAUGUAGAAAACGGGAUGAUAUAGUUUCAAUUAAGAGUGGAAGAUCAAGUCUAGGGGAAUCGAUUUACCACUACAUGAACAGUGCAGAGAAAUUCUCACCAGAACAACUUCUUGACUGUCUCAAAAUAAGUUCUGAACGUGAAGCACUUGAGUUAGCAGACAGGGUUGAGUCAUCAAUGUACACGUGGAGACGCAAGGCUUGUCUGAGCCAUUCAAAGUCAUCAUGGAGCAAAGUGAAGGAUCUGAUUGAAGAGACAGAUUCUAAGGACAAAAACUACACCUUAGCUGAGAGAGCUGAGUCUCUGUUGCUUUGCCUGAAGCAAAGAUAUCCUGAACUUUCACAAACUUCUUUGGACACAUGCAAGAUCCAAUACAAUCGAGAUGUAGGGAAAGCAGUACUAGAGAGUUAUUCUAGAGUUUUGGAGAGCCUAGCAUUCAACGUUGUUGCUUGGAUUGAGGAUGUUCUUUAUGUAGAUAAAUCAAUGAGGAAUCGAGAGGUUUAGAAACUAUAGAGAUGUUUGUUGUUUUUUCCAUCCAAUUAUCUUCUGUAAACCAUAUCAUAUGUUUACUUAGGAUGAAGAAAGACGCUAAAUGAAAAAAAA